AGAGACUGAGUGAGUGAGCGUCUCCAAAGUUUGAACGGUCUCCCGUUUAUUCUCUCCUGCUGCACGCUACAGUGUUGACCAAACAACUAGACAGACCUGUGGACAGGAGGGACGCACACACAGACACACGGAGAGAGGGAGUCUUGGGGACCCUGACCCCGACGUGUUUUAUGAGGACUCGUGUUGUCUCCGCUGGAGUAGUAACCCAUGAAACAAAGGGUAACUUUACUACUGUAGCUCCACACCGACUCACCGACUCCCUGACUGCCUGUGCUCCAUCCUGCAGACCAGCAGGAACAGCAUGGAGUGAAACUCUUCGGGUCUGCUUCCCCUUUUUUUUUUUUGGGUUGAGUUUGGAAUCGCACUAACAACACAUGAGUUGGAUUGACGGGACGCGCGGUUUCCAUACAGCAGAUCCUCGGGGAUUAAAAUAACCAGGGCAAUGGAUAAUUUCUUCACGGAGGGUGAUCGGGUGUGGUUACGGGAGGAUGAGCAGUACCUUCCCAGCACCGUGUCCUCGUGCUCUGGAGGGGUUGUCGCCUUUGCCACAGACUAUGGCCAGGUGUACACCUACAAGCAGAAUGCCCUGAGCAGACAGAAGGUGCAGCCCAUGCACCACAGCAGCGUCAGAGGGGUGGAGGACAUGGCGGCGCUCGAGGACCUCCACGACGGCGCGAUCAUGCACAACCUUUUCCUGCGCUACCAGCAGAGACACAUCUACACGUACAUCGGCUCCAUCCUGGCGGCGGUGAACCCUUACCAGUCGCUCGCCGGCCUGUACGAGCGGCCGGCCGUGGAGCUGUACAGCCGACACCACAUCGGCGAAAUCUCCCCGCACAUCUUCGCCGUGGCCAACGAGUGCUACCGCUCGCUGUGGAAGAGACUGCAGAACCAGUGUGUCCUGAUCAGUGGAGAGAGCGGUGCUGGGAAAACAGAAAGCACCAAGCUGAUCCUGAAGUUCCUGUCGGCCAUGAGCCAGCAUUCCCUGGAGGUAUCGUCCAGAGACAGGACGUCCCAUGUGGAGGAGGCGCUGCUGGAGAGCAGUCCCAUCAUGGAGGCCUUUGGAAACGCCAAGACCAUCUACAACAACAACUCGAGCCGCUUUGGGAAGUUUGUCCAGCUGCAUUUCAGCCAGAAGGGCAACAUCCAGGGAGGCCGAAUUGUUGACUACCUCUUGGAAAAGAACCGAGUAGUCCGACAGAACCCAGGGGAGAGAAACUACCACAUCUUCUAUGCCCUGUUAGCAGGAACCAACACGCAGCAGAGAGAGGCUUUUGGGUUGAGCCAGCCUGACAGCUACCAUUACCUGAGACAGUCCAGCUGCCUCGCUGACAAGACGAUCAACGACCACGGCACCUUUCAGGACGUUCUGAAUGCCAUGCGAACGAUGCAGUUCACAGAGGAGAACAUAGGGGAGAUCCUGCGCCUCCUGGCCGGGAUCCUGCAGGCGGGGAACAUCGAGUUCAUGACGGCCGGAGGAGCCCAGGUCUCCUCCAAAUCAGCAGCUCUCAGCCGGACGUCCGACCUACUGGGGCUGAACCCAGAUCAGCUGGCCGAGGUCCUGACCCACCGGUCCAUGAUCCUCAGGGGCGAGGAGAUCUGCACCCCGCUCACUGUGGAACAGGCGGUGGACUCCAGAGACUCCAUGGCCAUGGCACUUUAUUCUCAGUGUUUCAACUGGAUCAUCCGCAAGCUCAACAACCGCAUCAGGGGCAAAGAAGACUUCAAAUCCAUCAGCAUCCUGGACAUCUUUGGAUUUGAGAACUUCGAGGUCAACCGCUUUGAGCAGUUCAACAUCAACUAUGCAAAUGAGAAGCUUCAGGAAUAUUUUAACAAGCACAUUUUCUCCCUGGAGCAACUUGAAUACAACAAGGAAGGCCUGGUUUGGGUCGACAUCAACUGGAUGGACAACGGAGAGUGUCUGGAUCUGAUCGAGAAGAAACUGGGUGUCCUGGCACUGAUGAACGAGGAGAGUCACUUCCCCAAAGCCACGGACGACACCUUACUGGAGAAACUCCACAGCCAGCACUCAAAAAACUCCUUCUAUGUGAAACCACGCGUUGCCGUGCACAACUUUGGAGUCAGGCACUAUGCAGGAGAGGUGUUGUACGACGUGAGGGGGAUGUUGGCGAAGAACAGAGACACUUUCAGAGACGACAUCCUCAACCUUCUGAGGGAGAGCAGGUUGGACUUUGUCUACGAUCUGUUUGAACACGUGUUGAGCCGAAACAAACAGGACACCCUGAAGAGCACCAAGCACAGACGGCCCACAGUCAGCUCCCAGUUUAAGGAUUCUUUGCACUCCCUGAUGGCCACACUCAGCACUUCCAACCCCUAUUUCGUUCGAUGCAUCAAACCAAAUACACACAAGAUGCCUGACCAGUUCGACCAGACGUUGGUUCUGAACCAGCUCAGAUAUUCUGGCAUGUUGGAGACGGUCAAGAUCCGACGCACUGGCUUCCCCAUCCGGAGACCUUUCCAAGACUUCUGCUCCAGGUACAAGGUGUUGAUGCGGGGCGUGAUGAAGGCGGAUGACCCCAGGGGGAGCUGCCUCCAGCUGCUGCACCUCUACGACAGCAGCAGUGCAGAGUGGCAGCUGGGAAAGACCAAGGUUUUUCUUCGGGAGUCCCUGGAGCAUCGCCUGGAAAAGCAGAGGGAGAUGGAGGUGCUGAGAGCAGCCAUGAUCAUACAGGCCCACGUCAUGGGCUACAUGGCCAGGAAGCAAUACAGGAAGCUGCUGCAUUGCAUUGUGGUCAUUCAGAAGAACUACCGGGCUUUCUACUGGAGGAGGAAGUUCCUGCUCCUCCGCUGGGCAGCGCUCACCUUCCAGAAACGUGUGCGAGGCCAGCUGGCCCGCCGGGCUUACAGCCAGCUGCUGGAGGAGAAGAAGAGGAGGGAGGAGGAGGAGCGCUGCAGGAGGAUGGAGGAGGAGAUGCAGAGGGAGAGACAGAGGCUGGAGGCUGAGAGACUCGCCAGAGAGGCGGAGGAGGCUAGAAGACUGGAGGAGCUUCAUCUGGCUGAGGAGUUGGCCUCUCUGGCUCUGCCUCAGCCUGCAGUAGCAGCUGCAACAUCACCGGACACUGUGGAGGAGCCGGAGUCAGCGGAGGCCAUCCAAGGGGCGUCUGAAGAAGUGGAGGCAAUCCGUCCUCAGGAGGCGUCUCAGGUGGAGGAGAUCCUGCGACUGGAGCGGGAGAUCCAGUCGCUGCAGAGGCAGAAGGAGCGUCAGGAGCUCUCCCUGACCGAAGCGUCCCUCAACCGCCUGCAGCUCCUCCGUGACCAGGAGCUCAGGCGCCUGGAGGACGAGGCCUGCAAGGCGGCGCAGCAGUUCCUCGACUCGCUUAACUUUGACGAGAUCGACGAGUGUGUCAGGAACAUCGAGAGCUCUCUGGGAGUGGGCGAAGGGGAGGAGAAGAAGAAACGGAGUGGACGGAGGAGAGGCAACGACGAGGAAGAGGUCGACGAAGGCUUUGGGGCUGACGACGAGGCCUUCAAAGACUCGCCUAACCCAAGUGAGCACGGCCACUCGGACGGCCAGCGAACAAGCGGGAUCCGAACGAGCGAUGACUCGUCCGAAGAAGACCCGUACGCCAAUGACGGUGUGACGCCACCGCUGGCACCAACCGCCCUGCAGCACCAGCCGCUGCCUUUACCGCCGGUGCCCCCUGCCUGCCACAGCGCCUCAUCCAGCGGGGACUCUGCCUACUGCCACGCCCAGGCUUCAUCUGAGGCGCAGUCCGACGACCUGGUGGAGCUCAUACCGCCAGACGAGGAUUCGGACUACGACCAGGAUGACUAUGACGAGGGCGCCAUCCUUUCCAGUGGCAGUGUGGCGUUCUCCAACCCUCGCAGCGGCCAGUGGUCUCCUGACUACCGUGGCUCCGUAGGAACCUACAACAGCUCAGGGGCUUACCGCUUCAGCUCGGAUGGGGCUCAGUCAUCGUUCGAGGACAGCGAGGACGACUUUGACAGGUUCGACACCGAUGACGAGCUGUCGUAUCGGCGUGACUCCGUCUACAGCUGCGUCACGCUCCCGUACUUCCACAGCUUCCUCUUCAUCAAAGGCGGUCUGAUUAACACGUGGAAGCGGCGCUGGUGCGUUCUGAAAGACGAGACCUUCCUGUGGUUCCGGGCCAAGCAGGAGGCUCUGAAGCAGGGCUGGCUGCACAAGAAGGGAGGGGGCUCGUCGACGCUGUCCCGCCGUAACUGGAAGCGCCGCUGGUUCGUGCUGCGGCAGAGCAAGCUCAUGUACUUUGAGAAUGACGGCGAGGACAAGAUGAAGGGGGUGCUGGAUAUGCAUGAUGCAAAAGAAGUCAUUGAUAACACCGGUAAGGAGAAUGGAAUCGACAUUGUGAUGCCAGAGAGGACUUACCACCUGAUCGCUGAGUCGGCCGAGGAUGCCAGCCAGUGGUUCAGCGUGCUGAGUCAGGUCCACGGUUCGACAGAACAGGAGAUCAGAGAGAUGCACGAUGAGCAGGCCAACCCCCAGAAUGCCGUGGGCACAUUGGAUGUGGGGAUGAUCGAUUCAGUUUGUGCGUCAGAUAAUCCAGAGAGGCCGAACUCCUUCGUCAUGAUCACGGCGAACCGCGUGCUGCACUGCAACGCCGACACGCCCGAGGAGAUGCACCACUGGAUCACUCUGCUGCAGCGCUCCAAAGGAGACACGCGCGUCGAUGGGCAGGAGUUCAUCAUCAGAGGCUGGUUGCACAAAGAGAUUAAGAACAGUACCAAAGCCUCGCUGAAGCUGAAGAAGCGCUGGUUCCUGCUUACCCACAAUUCCCUGGACUACUAUAAGAGCUCCGAACGUAACGCCCUGAAGCUGGGAACGCUGGUGCUGAACAGUCUCUGCUCGGUGAUUCAGCCGGACGAAAAGGUCUUCAAAGACACUGGCUACUGGAACGUGAUCGUGUACGGCCGGAAACACUCGUACCGUCUCUACUGUAAGCUGCUGAAUGAGGCCACGCGUUGGGCCAACGCCAUCCAGAACGUCAUCGACACCAAAGCUCCCAUCGACACGCCGACCCAGCAGCUCAUCCAGGACAUCAGGGAGAACUGUCUGAACUCGGAGGUGGUGGAGCAGAUCUACAAGAGGAACCCCAUCCUCCGCUACAGCCACCACCUGCUGCACUCGCCGCUGCUGCCGCUGCCCUACGGAGACAUCCACCACACCGCUCUGAGAAGCAGAAGCUACACGACGCUGCAGGACGAAGCCCUCAAAGUGUUCAGCUCUCUGCAGCACCUGGAGGGCGUGGCCGACCCGGUGCCCAUCAUCCAGGGCAUCCUGCAGACCGGCCAGGAGCUCAAACAGCUGCGGGACGAGCUCUACUGCCAGCUGGUCAAGCAGACGACGCGGCCGCAGCAGCCCGGCAGCCCGGCGAACCUCUGCAGCUGGAAGAUCCUGGCCUGCAUGUCCUGCACCUUCAUCCCAACCAGGAGCAUCCUCCGAUACCUCAAGUUCCACCUUAAGAGGACUCGAGAGCUCUUCCCCGGCUCGGAGAUGGAUCGUUACGCCGCCUUUGCCCUCGACUCCCUUAAGAAGACUCGAGCGAGGGAGAACAUCCCGUCCCAGGAGGAGAUCCGCGCCAUCAUUGCCCAGCAGGACAUGAGCACCACCGUUCACUGCCACGGAGGAGGCUCCUGCAAGAUCACCAUCAACUCACACACAACAGCCGGAGAGGUGGUGGAGAAGCUGAUCCGAGGCCUGGCCAUGGAGGACAGCAGGAACAUGUUUGCUCUGUUUGAACAGAACGACACCACAGAGAAAGCCAUCGAGAGCCGCACAGUGGUGGCCGACGUGCUCGCCAAGUUUGAAAAGCUUUCAGCCAGCCAAGACGAAAACAACAUGGGCUGGAAGUUUUACUUCAAGCUCUACUGCUUCUUGGACACAGACAACGUUCCCAAAGACAGCGUGGAGUUUGCCUUCAUGUUUGAACAGGCCCAUGAAGCGGUCAUUCGCGGUCAGUAUCCGGGCCCUGAGGAGACUCUUCAGUUCCUGGCUGCCCUCAGACUUCAGUACCUCCAGGGAGAUCACAGCUCCCAGACCACCGUCCCCGAGAUGUCCCAGGUGUUCCCCAUGGCGCGAUUGCGGGCCCGGGUGCAGAACUCUGCCAAGACGUUUGCUCCGGGCUCUGGCUCGGUGGCCGACCGCUCGGGGACUUCGGAGAGGAAACGCUCGAGCUUCCUGGAGGGAACACUGAGGCGGAGCUUCAGGAGCGGCUCGCUGAGUCGGCAGAAGCUUGAGGAGGAGAACAGCCUGGAGGCGUGGAUGAGGGAGGAGGCGGCGGCCGUGAGAACCAGCGUGAUGGACAAGUGGAAGAAGCUGCAGGGGAUGAACCAGGAGCAGGCCAUGGUCAAAUACAUGGCUGUGGCGAAGGAGUGGCAGGGAUACGGAUCCACACUGUUCAACGUGGAGUGUCGGGACGGAGCGUUCCCCUUCGAGCUGUGGUUGGGCGUGAGCCGGGAGGCCAUAUCGGUGUACAAACGAGGAGAGCCGUGGCCUUUGGAGGUUUUCCCGUAUGAACAGAUUCUCUCCUUCGGCGCUCCGCUGGCCAACGCCUACAAGAUCGCAGUUGAGGGCCGAGAGCUGGUCUUUGAAACGCAAAUGGUUAUGGACAUCGCCAAGCUGAUGAAGGCCUACAUCAGCAUGAUUGUCAAGAAGCGAUACAGCAACAGUCAGUCCGUCAGCAGCCACGGCAGCCAGUGUACCGCCUGGUGAACUCCGCCCUUUAACCUUUGACCUUAUGGCCUCUUACUGUGGUGCCGCAGAGCGUCAAGCGUGGCCGCAGCAGCCCAUGGAUGGACGCCCAUCCUCGGCCCUCUGGACGGAGCAGCUCGUACAUUUGACAUGUCAGACUGACUCUGUGAAUGCUGAAGACAAACCACAAUGCUCUUAAUGUUAAUUAGCUCGAUUUUUUUUGACUGAUUUUAUUCCAAAACGAUAAACAUCCACUUCUGAUAGCUCAGAACCUUAAAAGAAACACAGUGAGCAACCAUUUCAUUUUUUAGAUGUAGUAUGAACCAUUUGAACUGUCUCUCAGGUCAAAGAGUGAAAAUGUAAAAUAAACCAACUACAAGACUAACACUGUACCUACAGUCAUGCUAAUAAAGCAGCCUUUUUUUAAUUGAAUUGAAUUGAAUUGACAAUUUGAAUCAAAUGUCUUUGGUUGCCAGCUUUUUCAAACUCUCUCCAAUCAAACAAGCUACUUGAGUCAUGUAACUUUUACACUGACAACACCACAAGCCCUACAUUGUUUGUAAAUUUACAUUGCCUGGGUUAGGGUUAGGUUUGGAGUUAACCCUAAUUAUCAAAGGGGAAAAAUAUAUACAUUUACCUCAAUGUCCUUCUUAACAAGUAUAGUAACAUUUCAUUAAUUAAUUUGCCUCCUGAAGCCAAGAAGGGCUCAUGAACCUUGAAUCUAAGGUUAUAUGAACGGGACAACAUCUCAAAAUAUAAAGGUUUCUACAAUGAAACAAUCCGUUAUCCCUUAACAAAUGCAUGGAAUGAAAAGGAUGGUCUAAGAUAACACAAUGUUGUGUUCAACAGCAAAACCCAGAGAUUUAUCCACGUAUCUAGAGUAAGUCCAAUAUCAAAAUAUAACUGCAUUAAAAACAAGUGGCCCAUAGCAUCGACAAGAACAAAUUAAAUAAAGGCUGUUAAUUUAGUCAUUUGACGACACAAAUAUAUGACAGGAACAUUUUAUCCAAAUGUUCCUCUGACACCUAGUGGACUCCUGAUAUAGCCAAUGCAACAAAUGCUACUUUCCCACUGUUUCUCAGACCAAAGAAAACCAGCUUAACGUUCAGCACAACCUUAUUUUCUCAUCAGUUCUCGUUUAGUCAGAGUUUUCUCCUGAAGUGGGGAUGUGUUUUGGAAUAACACUGUUAAUUUCUCCCUGAUGCUAAUGUGCUGUGACAACACAAGGACUGUUGUUGCAGGAUGGGGCUAUUUGUUACUGAGGUUUUUGUUCGUGUGUCUGUGUGUGUGUGUGAGUGGGAGUUUUAAGAGGCGUGUGUCUAUGUGUCGGAAUGUAAAAAAACUAAGCAAAAGCAGAGAAGAUAAAGAAAAUAGUUAAAGACUUUUCCUCUGCUUUGAAGAACUCUGGGACUUGACCUAUACAGACUUUCUUCAGGAUGAUCUGUUCACUGUAAAUAGUAUGCAACUGUACUCGUCUUAAGCAUUUCAAGUUUGUAAUUGAUUGUUUUUGAUUGAUUUGCUGAUCAUUUCAAAGGUCACACAAGUUUAAACUAAGCGGGAAGAACUCUACUCAAAUCAGAUUUUGCCUUAUCGAUGCCACUCUUGUUCCAGAAUCUGGAAGGUGCUCCCAUGUUCCCUUUGCGUAUUUUUACACUGCAUAAUCUGUCCAGCUAUGCAAGUCAUUCAAGCUAAACUCAAAAUUAUUUUCCUGUAACAAAUUAUUGUAACUUAAUUAUUGUUAGUUUGUUAAUAGCGAAGGCAUAUGUCAAAACACCGCUGCAUCCAUAGUUUUCUGUGUAAGCCCCCAAAUCUGCAGCGUUAACUCAUUGCAAUGUGCCUCUCAUCUGCCUCUCAGAUUGGACACUUUUCACUCCAGAAAAGCAGCAAUUUGAUGACAUUCACUCUCUAUAUCAACACGCCCCAAUGCUGUAGCUUGACUAGUUCUUAGCCAAAUUUAAAGUGAUGAAUGUCAAAACUAAUACGGCGUCAUGUUAAUUCAUUAAUUUCUAAGAACUAAGGUUGUACCUCGAGGAAAUCUUUACUGUAAGAUGAUAUGGAUUGGCCAAAAUCUAACUUCUCUGUCUGAUUAUUCAGUCCAUAAACAGUUUGUCAAUUAAUAAUCUAGAAAAUGUAUUAUAUUGCUAAAUAAAACUACAUGUCACCCACUCUUAAUAGUAACCAGGAACUUGUUAGAAAACAUUGUUUUAGAACCACUAAACAACUGGUUGCUGGUUUUAUUCGUACAACAUAAAAUUCAGAUUGGACAGAUAGUCUAGCUAGCUGUCUGGAUUUACCCUGCAGAGAUCUGAGGAGCAGUUAACCAUAGUCCUCACAAAUCCACCGGAGUUUAAAAUGCAGACACAAAGGAAGCCCAAGGCAACGGAUAUCUGCCCUAAAUGAGUGAUAUCCGGCGGAUUUUCCUGUGGUAACUGAGCAAUCCCGGAAGUGGAAAAUCAAGGAUAUAGACUUAUUCUACGUUACUGCUUUCCCGCACCUGUAAGCACUUAAAAAUGCACAAAAGCCUCAAAAUAUGACUAAAAGACAGAAAAAGUAAUUUUUGUCAAAACCUUCCAGAUGUAUAUAUGGCUUUUAAACAGUAUGCAAAGACCCUUUAAGUAAGUCAAACUGCAAUGAUUGAAACAUUACUAGAUUGAAGUGCUGGCUUUCAUCAGAUUCCAGUUUGGAUGACUUGCUCAGUUGUACUUUUUGCAGUGUAACAUUCCUACAACAUUUCACUGGAGCUCCGCGGGCGGCAGAUCCCUCCAAAGACGUGUGUGCAGGUUUCUUCCACAGUGCCUUGUUGUAUAUUGUGUACACUUAUUUUGUUUUCCAUGUGUGGUUUCUUUUUGGUAUAAUGUGCAAUGUUAUAUAAAUAUAUAUAUUAUAUAAUCACGCGGCUGUACAUUUUAUACUGUAAGUCUUUGCCUGAUGACCACAUGGAGAUUUUCUCAAGAUAAAAAUCUUGUUUUUUGUAUUUUUCUCUACGCAGCCAUCCAACUGACAGUGGAUUUGUGACACAAUACUGGUAUCUUGUUUCUUUUAAAUCUGUAUUAGCUGUGUUAUGUAUUGAAAGGAUGAUUCUAACAAUAAAUGAAUACACAUUUGGUCUGGAAUCACA